GGGGCGCGGCCGGCGGCGGAGCCCGGCCCCGCGGCGGCGGCAGCGGCUCCCCCCGCCCGGCCCGCCCCCCGCCCCGUGACUCGGAGCCUCCCGCGGGCGCGGCGGCUGCCGGGCGGUGUCGUGCGGCCCCCCGCGCCCGUGCGGGGACUAUGAAGCACCAUGGUGUGGUGUGACCGUGGCGUCCAGAUGCUGCUGACCACGGUGGGCGCCUUCGCAGCCUUCAGCCUCAUGGCCAUCGCCAUCGGCACCGACUACUGGCUCUACUCCAGCGCCCACAUCUGCAACGGCACCAACAUCACGACGGACGAGGCGCAGGGGCCGCCGCGGCGGGCGCGGGGCGAUCUCACGCACUCGGGGCUCUGGAGGAUCUGCUGCCUCGAAGGAAUCUACAAAGGACAUUGUUUCCGGAUCAACCACUUCCCUGAAGACAACGACUACGACCACGACAGCUCAGAGUACCUUCUCCGUAUCGUCCGUGCCUCCAGCGUGUUCCCCAUCCUAAGCACAAUUUUGCUGCUGCUGGGAGGACUCUGUGUCGGAGCAGGAAGGAUUUACAACAGCAAAAACAACAUUAUUCUCAGCGCUGGGAUUCUCUUUGUUGCAGCAGGUCUAAGUAAUAUCAUAGGGAUCAUUGUCUACAUAUCGAGCAAUGCAGGUGACCCAAGUGACAAGCGAGAUGAGGACAAAAAGAACCAUUACAACUAUGGCUGGUCUUUUUAUUUUGGAGCCUUGUCUUUUAUUGUGGCCGAAACCAUAGGUGUUCUGGCUGUGAACAUUUAUAUUGAGAAGAACAAAGAGCUGAGGUUUAAGACCAAGAGGGAAUUCCUUAAGACUUCUUCCAGUUCUCCUUAUGCCAGGAUGCCAAGCUAUAGGUACAGGAGGCGGAGGUCCAGAUCCAGCUCCCGCUCCACGGAGCCUUCUCCAUCCAGGGACAUUUCUCCAGUUGGCAUGAAGAUAGCAGGCACCAUCCCCAUGAAUGAAAUUUCCAUGUACACCCUUUCCAGGGAGCCUUUGAAGGUUACCACGGCUGCCAGCUACAACGCAGACCAAGAAGCCAGUUUCCUGCAGGUCCACAACUUCCUCCAGAAGGAAUUUAAGGAAGGACUCCACGUCAACAUGGUCAACAGGAGAACGACGCCGGUUUGAAGCACCUUCCUUCCUCGUGCUUUUUGAAGAGAUGCCCAAACAGAAUGGAUCUGUCAGGAGCGAUGUUAAAAUACCCUCUCACCUCUUUAAUUGUGGCAUGUGUUGAGGUAGCAAGUGGAGAUCCUCUGGACCAACAUAAAGAUAUUUACACGCUCGUAGCUUUUUUUGAAGCUAUUUGGAGUUUGUUUAUUUCCGUUCUUGGUGUCACAAGAUGAAGGCAGUUCAUGUUCCUGCACUUUUGUAGUGUGUACACAGUCUUGGAGAAACUGCAAAGAACUGGCCACCAGUGUGUUUUAAAGGAUUACAGAAAAUUUGUUGUACUUUUUCUUUUCUAAUAUUGAGAUCCCUUAAUACAAACUUGCAAAUAUAAUUUAUAACCAAGCCCAAGGAUGAAAAUGAGCAACUCAUCAAGUGAGCCACUUUCCUUCAACACGGCGUAAGCUUUGCCUCUUUCAAAAGAAAAAAAAAAAGAAAAAAGAAAAAAAAAAAGAAAAUAUUUUUGAAGGCAACACUUUCUAAAACUGACCUGUGCCACUGAAACCGUAGAGCACCCAUGUACUGAGCAUUGCAGACUCUCUGAUGGGGUGGGAAGGGGGUCUCCCAUUCCUGGGGUAAGGCAUCCCUUGGGGCAACACAGGCCGAGGAGCAGAGGGUGGGUGCGUCUUGAAACACCUAGAAAGGGAAAAAGAUUAAAGUAGGUGGGACUUGAGCCUAUUUGCAAGUAUCAUUUCUUGCCUAACGUUUAGAAAACUUGAAUUCUCAUUUCGACGAGCCCUAGUGCCUGAUCCGGCAAGGUGCUGAGUGCUGGCUGUCAGGAGCCCCUGGAGACUGCCCCGAGCGCGGCGGGGAGCGGGGCUGAGCCCCCGCCCUGCCACCAUCGGCCUCCCGAUUUCCUUACGCUUCACAAGUGCAACACUAACGCUACUGCAAACCGAGAUCUCUGAGCAACCAGGAGAGACCGCGCCCGGACUCGCGAAACUUCCCGCGGCAACGGGAGCCGAGCGUUAACAGAGCAGAUGACAACUUUGUAUUUUUUAAAACAGAACAAAAAAAAAAAAAGGAAAAAAAAAGGAAAAAAAUAAUCACCGUUUAUGAGAUAUUUAUUAAACUCUUUUUAUUAUGAAUUAAGUGCCGCAUGGUGCAAGGUAUAGUUGCUUUUAGAUGGAAAUGGUGGUUCGACCUAAUUUAAUUUAUUUUGUAAUGAUGCAUCUACUUACGUGCAGAGAGCCCACAGCAAACUCUAUGCAUCACGUAAGGAGGGAACUAAUUUGUACCCUUUGCUUCUGUAUGUUUCUAAAAGAGUCUGAAAUAUUAUUUUCUUUUCUUAUAAAUUCCUGCUUUCAGUUUUUAUACUUAGGCUUGGAUCUCAAAGCUGGAUGGCCUGACUCAAAGGUAAUUUAAUUUAAUAGUACUCAUGCUGAUUUUAGUGACCACUCGACCAAGCCAUAUGAGAAUGAGGUGCCCGAUUCCCCUCAGAUGAAUUAGAUGCAGUGAGAGAGGAGCAUCUAAUUCCUGUAGAUUCCUUUGAAUAUCCCCGUCAUCUUUGCCCAGAAAAUCUUUGCUAGCAGAACACUAGACAAGUGAUGACAAGAAAAAAAUCCAUAAUUUGGAAAGUUUGGGUCACUGGUAGUGGGAGAUCUCAGCCAAACUCUUAAAACCUCUUUAGUCUUAAUUUAUCCUAUGAUGGCCCCAGGGCCAGAGACUCGGUGGUGGUUUGGAUAUGAGGCUUUCAGCUAGUGGAACCAAGUUCUCCAGGGAAAUCCCGGAGAAGCUGCCUUAACAUCCCAAAAAGGAAGUUGAACCCCUCUCUCCCCAGAGAAACCCACUCAAGCCUCUCUCCUUGCAAGAACCAAGACACAAUUCUCAAUUUUAAGCGAGAGUCUUCCCCCAGUCACUGUUAAGCUCUGCCUGGCCCUCAGCCUGGCACAGCCACAUCGUUAUUUUGGCAGGGGUGGGUUGGAGCCUUCAUCCCUGCUCAUUAAGAGUUUCCAUUCAGGUUAAAACUCCGCUGGGAUCCUUUUUUCAAACCUCUGAACUCUGAGAGCUAAAGCGAAUGGAGCAAUGGGAAUGAUUUAAAACUAGAAAAUGUUGUGCUACUUUCUGUAUCAACACACUAUGGAGAAAGAUGUUACACAAGCUUUUUAAAAAAAAUUCAAACAGAGGCAGAAAAGAAAACUUUUUUACCUACUUUUCGGCUAGGACAACAUAAAAGGGUUCUAAAAUUAUUAAAGUUCUUGAUGAAAGGUUUUUUUUACAAGAAUCUUUAUGCUUUCAAACAAUAAAUUAUUUCCUACUUUUUGAGACUUCGUAAUAUUAAAAUACUUUGAUUAGCUAUGAUAGAAGUAGAAGUUUGCAAUGAAAAAAAACCAACCUUCUGUCUCAUUAGUGUGUCAUACUAAGUGCUAAUUAAUUUACAUCUAAUUAUAGUCAAUGUAUUUUUCAAGUGCAAUUUCCCAGAACUAUUUGUUUCCCACUGUGUUAAAAUACUAAUAGUUAGAACUAAGUCCUCAUCCGUGUUUACUGUAAUUAAGAAUAAAACCAUUCCCUUUCAAACUAGGAGUUAGAUAUAGGCUGUUUCUCUAAACUCAUGUACCUUGAACUGGAAGUGGACAGUGUGAGGUUUGCUCGCGCGUGGGUUUUGUUCUUUUAGUCGUCGUUCUCCAGUGAAUGUGCUUCAAACCACCCAUCUGAUUCCAGACAAAGUCCAAGGUUUUUCUUCAGCCCAGCUCAGACCUGCAGAGGCACGUGCAGUAUUUUUGGCAGUAAAAUAAAUUCUUGCUGAGUGUUUUGGGAUUUGCUCUUUGCCAGAGCCUCCUCCCCCAGGGCAGGGCUGGGUCCAGCAGCUCUCCAGGAGUGAUGCCCUGGUUUGGUCCAAGCUGGAGCAUCUGCUCCUUCUCCAGCAGGCACCUUCAAGAAGUGGAACUGGAGUAGGGAUGAUGAGAUGAUCAUGGGGUCUGGACAGGGAACAGUCAUGUGGACAUAACAGGGACCAGAGUUUUUUGUUCUGUGAGACAACAAGGGCUGCAACUGAAAACUCAUGUGUUAAGUUGCAGUGCAGCAAAUUGUUCAACCAAAGCCAAAACAAAAAAAGAAGUCAUUUGACAAUUCCAGAAAACAAACAAACAAAACCCAACAAAACCACAAAAAAAAACUCAAAACCCCAGUCCUUUCCCAUGAAAAGCUUUGAUCCUGACAAAACUGAAACAUUUUCAGCAUUCCUGCCCAUAAGCAGUCUUGCUCCACGGUUGAUCUAUCUGAACAGAGUUAGAUUGUGCUCAGCCUUUGAAACCACUCAGUGAUAGUUUAAAAAAACCAUCUGUUCUUCCACAUCUCUCUGGUUUCCCUGGUCAGCAUCUAACAAAUGAGCUCCAUUUCCCAGCAAGGCCUGCAGAUACCAUAAAACCAUAUCAUUAACAAUAAUCAGUCUUUUGGUAUAUAACACACUGUAGCACCAGAACUAAAAAAAAAAAAAAAAAAUGCUAUUGGAUCAGAUUUGAUUUUCCAAGAAACAAAAUUUCAGGUAUACCAUGAGCUCUCUCUUCCUUGUUUCUCAUACACAAUAGGAGUAAAAGGAGAAAUCACUUCAGCUGCCCAGACAUCUAACAAUAAACUAUUUUUCUGUUUCUUUUUCUCUCUGUAUGGAUCACAUAUCCACAAGGGCUAAUAUAUCAUGUCCCUUGAGGCUACAUUUCUGUCUGCAGUUCUAAAGUGUUAUUUCCACUGUGCUUCAGUUCUACUGGUAUAAUCACAACCAUGUAUAAUGUACUUAAUCCUUACUUUUUAAAUAAACCAUUUUAAAUGUA